AUGUGCUUAUUAUGGACGGAUUAUGUAUCAGUCGUUGGAUUGAUAGUAGAAGGUAGCAAGAUCUCAAAAAGAAGGAGAAGGAGGAGAAGGAGGGGGAAGGAGGAGAAGGAGAAGGAGAGGAGAAAGAAGGAGGAGAAGGAGAAGGAGACGGAGACGGAGAAGGAGGAGGAGAGAAGAGACGUCAAGAAGAAGGCGAAAGACAGAAAGCAGAAGGGUGAGGGGGGGACGGGGGAGACGGGGGAGACGGGGGGGACGACUGCGUCAUAGUUGUGUGUUUAAGGUUUGAAAGGUUCCACUUUUGGGCAGAUGGGAGGUUGUGAUUGGAUAGAAUCUUGGGGGGGGGCUACGCACGACAACCAAAGCCUCGACGUAGCCGGUUGAUUUGUUGAUUUGUUGAUUUUGGUGAUAUAUUAUAUAUUGAUUUUGUUGAUUUUGUUGAUUUUCUAUAUUGAUUUUGGCUAUUUAGGCUAUUUGCUAUUUAGGCUAUUUAGGCUAUGGUUAUUUUGUUAAUCAAGGGAUGCAAAUGAUAAUUCACAGCAUCCAAAAAACCAUCCCAGGUCGUUUCAGACGAUCGACCGGCUUGGGUUUAUCAAGGCAUCAAGCGCCGACAGGGUGGGCACACUACUCCAGUAGCACGUUAUAAAAGUCUCGGAGUGGGCACACUACUAGUCUCAGAGUGUCGCAUCCGAUGUCAUACUUUUUAAAGACAACAACAGGAUCUCGGGCACGAGCAAAGAUCCAUUGCGUCAAAAUCAGCUAUGAUUUAAUCCUUCCAUAGACC